GAUUUGAACCAGAGAAUGGCGCGUAAUCUAGCAAAGCUUUGGACGUGUUUGGACUCGAUGGUUGCAUGAGGGAGACGAAGGAGAGGCCUUGGCUUUACUGUGCCUUUUCACUUGUAGGUGUCCAUGCCAAGUACUGAGGCCUAGUGUGGAGGAUACUGUAGCUUUCUGGAGGGUCUAGUUGCGUCCACACUGGUUUUUAUUGAAGCUGGGACGCCGCCAUCAUGUUUUUUGCUGAUCCCCUUCUCAUCAAGAAGGGGAAGUUCUCCCAUAUCUGGCUUGCUGCUCACUGGGAGAAGAAGCUCACCAAAGCCCACAUUGUGGAGACUGAUAUUGGAGACACGGUGAAAAGUCUCCUGGAGGAGCCAGUGAAGCUCGCUCUCAGAACGUCGGGCCAUCUCUUGCUCGGUGUUGUUCGUAUUUACGCCAGGAAAGCAAAAUACUUGCUAACCGACUGCAAUGAAGUUCAUGUCAAGAUCAAGGUGGCCUUUCGGCCUGGCAUGAUCGACAUGCCCGGCGAUGCUCAAACUGGCAAGGAGGUUACGCUGCCAGAUACUUUCUUUGCCGUCGAUAUGGGACCAACGGAUCUUGGUGCUAUCAAUUGGGAGACACAUUUUGCCCGCAACCAGGCUCGAGAUGAGGAUAUCACGUUACGCGAUGUCUCCAUGCCGAGCCAGGAGAGGAUGUUGGAUCGGGUCGGCGCUGAUCCUGACGACUUUGGUGCGCUGACGGCCGAGCAGCAGAAGCAGUUCUUCCAAGACAGCACACUCAAAGUGUCUUUCGAUAUGGAUGUGACUCUCAAUACGACAGACAACCUGCACCCGGCGGUUGCUGAUGACGAUGGUUUUGGUGCUGGACCUGGCCGGGCUGGCUUUGACCUGGCUGUGCAGGCUGCAGAAGAAGAUCAGCUCAUGCCGCCACCUGAUGAUGACAUGAUGCUGCCCAUGGAUGUUGACAUGCCUCCGGUAGAAGAUGCACUGGCAACGGCGGCGGCAACGACCGUGGGAGAAAUGGACACGACAAUGGACGCUGGUGGUGCUGGCGAGGUGACCAACGACAUGACCACCAUGAUACAGCCACCGGAGCACGGCUUUGUACUGGAACCACUGGCGGGUGCAACACUGAAGCGCUCUCGCGGUUUGAAGCGCAAGCGUGCUCUCCUGGUCAACGACAGCACCAUGCUGAGCAACGACCAGAUGCGUACCAACCUGGCCGACACGGCCACCAUACUGCAGCAGUUUGAGAUGGCACCGCGCAGUAAACGUGCGCUGCGCUGGGCACAGCACAACGACGCCGAGUCGCUGAUGGUACGGCCUGCCGCCUUGUCGGCCGUCAGUGCUGAUUGCCUGUCGUUUUUCCGUCGCCUGUGUCGUCGUGGCAACGCUGGUGAUAUGAACACGACGGUGUCGUUUGAUCUUGGCGAGGACACUACGCUUGACAACAUUGAGCGUGCUCGUGCGGCCCAGAGUCGCUCGGAUAUGGACGCCGACCUUGGCGGUGCGGAUAUUUCCACCACCACGACGUCGUUUGCCGGUCGCAGCACGACUAUUGACGGCCUGGGUGAGAUCUCGGCGGAGCUCAACGCCAUUCCACCACCGGAGGAGGAUGACUUCCUCAUGCCACCACAACAGGAUGAGUUCAUGCCGCCCGUAGACCAACCAGACGAGUUUAUUCCUCCAGUUGAAGAAGAAGCAGCGGAAGAAGGUGUCGAGGUCACGGCCAGUGGUCGCCCUGUCCAUUGGACGGCAACGACGGCCAAUGUUCUGAAAACCAUCCGCCGUGAGUCCAGCAAGAGCAAGCAAGAGAAGGUUUCGUUUGACAAAAUCGUCUCCUCGACAAAGACCGGACGCAAGGUCAAUCGUAUGGACGCAGCACGUACGUUCCUCUCUGUCCUUCUGCUUGCCCGAGACCGUGCGGUUUCCAUUGCGCAGGAAGAGCCUCUCGCACCCGUCAUGGUCGGUAUCCGUAACGACUAAGCUCCCAGCGACCACUCCCUGCCCGUCCCUCGUGUGGCCUCACAUCUCAUCGCUCCAAGGCCUGACCAUGCAUCUGUUGUGCUGCUGUGUUCAGUGCAUGUUGCGGAGCACGUGUUUACCGGCGUGUAUGCUCUAGCUGCAUUCUCACCGGCUGACGACGGUCCCCCUGGGUGUUUGUGUCGUGUCUUCGGCAAUGCUCCUUGAGCGUGCUCCUUCGGACUGGUCUUUGGACGAGUUGCUUUCCUGUUGUGCUGCUUGGUGUGCUUGGUGGGUUGACUCUCAGUACUGCGUUGGUAAUAGUCAGAUAUCCGUGUUGUCAGUACUGCGUCGAUGCUAUUUGGAUGUCGGUGUUGUCGACGCAAUGAGCAGCGUACGUUGUUGCAACACUUGUCGUCUCGUUUUUGUCCCUUGGUUCGGCUCUCUCACUCUCUCCGCUCAGGUGUAAUUUGAGACAGUUCAUCACAUGGUAGUGCCUGGGCAGGUCGUACCACUCAGUCUACGUCUAUAGCUCUGUAUUGUAGAAGAAAUAGUAGUCUCUCAAGGUAGCGUAAUAUUUUUAAUCCUUAUCUUGGGAAGCUGGUCGCGCAUGUGUGUGUAUGUGUUUGGUGGUGUUGGGCCGCUUCUGCUUGAUAACUUGCUUGAAGAUGUGCCGUGCACCUAGCGGUGCAAUUGUGUGCCCGCACCCUGCUUGCUUUGUCCUUAUGUCCGAGAUGACACAUAAUUAUAGCUCAUCAUUGUACUCGGAGGCAGUUUUGAUGCUGCGUCUCAUGGUUUGUGUUGUAGACGGUGUACGUAUGUGCAGUCUCCGUGUGCCUGGACAUUGAUACGCCGUGUUGACAUUGCGCAGGUCAUUCAUUACCUUGAUGAUUUCCUUCUCUCCCCCGCAUGGUAUUUUCCCCGCUAUAGAAUGCCCCCUCGUUUUGUCAAUAUCUAUGCAUGCAGUCGUCGUCGCCUUUGUCACUACAUGCAGCCAUUCUGCAUGUCCAUCUCUCUCACUCACUCUCUCUCUCUCUCUCUCUCUCUCUCUCUCACUCACUCACUCACCCGUGCUGUCAUUCUCUCUUCUUUUCACCUCACUGUUGGACAUGUUAUUUUUCACCUGUGCAUAGCCUGAGUAUCUACAAGCAGUAGUUCACCCUCUCCCUCCCGUGUCCCGUAGUCACUGCUUUUAGCACCUAGAUAUAAGGCGUUUUAAUUCCAUGCUGGGUGUCCGCAUCGGAACCCGAUUAUCGACAGGUCUUGUCUUAGCAACUCCCCUUCUUUGCCUAUGGUGUUUUAGUUCGCUCUGCGAUUUUAUCUGCUGCCGCCUUGUUGUCUUUGCUGCACGUGCAUGUGCGUGCAAGGUCUUAUGCAUUUGUGUCUUUAGUUUAGGAGCUGGCGGCCGUUGUUACGUGUACAACUACUGACAUGCUCGUUAGGUUCUCUGCCGUCGCAAUCAUCUAUCUACUUACACCGCUUGCCCAUGCUAGCUGAUAUUGCUACAAUUCUUUCAGCUCUCUCCGUUAUGAAGUUGCGAAGUGCAGUACUUUGAGUUUGUGAAUGAUAUUGAGCAAUUGUG